GUUGGGAUCAAGACUAAUAUAUAUAUAUAUAUAUAUGUCUAUAUAAAUGCUUUCGUGCCCAAUAUAUUUUAUCCGUUGCAAUACACCAGAAUAGACCCAAGAAAGGAGCCAAUCGUACUCACCAGCACCAACUUCUCUGCCCGAAUACUUAGAAUCCUCUUUACUUAAUACUGGUGACUUAACCGACUAGACAGCCACUUCUCCCGCCAAUAUGCACCCCCUAACUUUCAGCGUCGAACUAGAAGCCGUAUACUUCUUCAGCCUUCGCCCUGCCGGCAUCCACAACGACCCACGCCUAGCUCCCGUAGUCGACAUGUCGCCCCAAGGGAACCCAAGUUUUACGGUGCAUAAUUACGACCGCUGGGAUGAUAUGAAAGCCGAGAUGAUACGCCGCGUAUCGUGUGCGAUCAAAACCUGUCUUUCUGAACUCCCCCAAUCUUGCCGUGGCGAGGUUGUCUCCCUAGAAGGUGAUCCCGUAUUAAGCCUGUACCAAGAGUGGAAGGUCGAAUCCGGCAAGGCCGCCGUAAAGCGAGACCCUGGACCCCGGCUAGAAUACGAGGGUCUUUGGGAGAUCGACCUGGAGGUCCAGUCACCGGUGAUGUAUGCCACCGAAUUUGGCUUCAAAGAAGUCGAGGCUGUCACCAACAUGCUACGUGCUACUUUUCGGGCUGCAGUCCCGCCAUAUUGUGCAAUGCGCGUACUCGUCGGCACAGGAUCCAACUUGGUCCCCCUGCCAGUUUUUAUAAAAACGGCUGCCGUUUGCUGGGCUGGUGACCGGAUCCUCCAGCAAAUGCAUCCUAUUUCGCGCCACUACAACAUAUGGCGCAAAGGUCCGCGCGAGACGGCUCGACUCGAUCAAGGAGAAGAGGCGGAACAGGCAGAAGCUAAACCCGUUGAAAACCAAGAUAUACCCAUACAAGAGUAUAUCAAUAAAGCGCGACCGAAAAGACUCUUAACCGAGUUCAAGCGCACGUUGCCGCGUGACAGACUUGACCUUAUCCUCUCCCAAGAACGAAAUAUACACUUCAACAUAUACGAACUUCGCCGUCCCGGUCGGCUAUUAGAGCCUAUUACCCGCCCUGAUAUCCUACAAGGGGCCAUACAACUCUUCAGCUGUCGCAGUCACAGCGCGGUCGCGAAUCUAAUAAAUAUCAACUCGCUUGGCGCAUACAACUUCAGCCACUACAGCGACGAAAAGACAGAAGAGAAAGAUACCAAGGCAACAGUUGAAUUCUGCAUGGCAGCCGGUUCGCUAGAUGGCCACUGGGUAUCAACGCAUGCCCGAAUCUGUACCGGCAUCGCACAAUUCGCCGCCAGCGCCCCGGAGGAGAAUGUGUGGCGGAUGAUUUAUGAGUGCCACAGCGCAGGGAUCGACAAGACCGGGUACGACAUUAUCGACCUCUUAUUAGAUCUCGACUUGGCGAAGGAGGCCGAAACCGUGCAGUACAGGUUCGAGAUGGGCAGCUCUUUUGGGGAGACGCUCCAAUCGUUCUUGGCGAGUGAAAGGCUAUAACAUAUGUAGUAACUUACGAAGACGGUGUCGCGGACGGAAACGAUGAAACAGACCAGGCCAUGCGUUCGGGGCGGGCGCAUUGAACAUCCAUUAUAUGUUCAGUUUUGGCAUUUUUGAUGUUCGGCAGACUUUAGUGUCGAACACCAAUUGUUUGGAUAAAUAUGGAUCGAUAAAUGUCGUACAUAAUAGUUAAAGGAGGAGGAAUCUUCUUCCUACGAAGAUCUUUCUCUUUUAACGUUAGCAGCAGUAACAACGGGGUCGCACAAGAGAUUUACGCCUCGUAUAUCUCCGCGAAUUACGAAGUAAUAUAACCCGUGCUGGGCAACUAAGCCAUGGAGAGAAAAGGAGAUAUUUUACAACGUUGUUCGUAUGUAACUAGCAUGUAGGAUUUGGGGCUGGGGUCGCAUUCCGCACGUGCAAGCCAAGUAUAGCAGCCUCAUUAUUGGGCGAGAUUGGAGGCUCCCUGGCUCCCUGGCGACGAUUCUCUACACUCGUGGUGAGUGCCAAGGGUUGGCGUGGUGCGUGACGUAAGUACAGUCAGUGCCGUCCUUGCCGACUGUUCGUUGGGUUUUAUUUCUCGAGAAAAAGGGGAAGAUUGGCAUU